AGAUCCCUCAAAUAAUAAAGGCAAAUUAUAUUGGGCUGCUUAUUAUAUGACCCAAUAAGGCCCAAAUUUUGUAUUCAUCGUCCAUCAUUACCUAUACCCUAAAAUCAUUUUACGUCUCUCACGUCCAUUGAUUCUGCUGCUGCAAUCAAAUUCUAUCGAACUGGUGAGUUUUGUUAAAUCUCUUUCCUCGUUCGUCAUUGUCAGAUCGAUCUCUAUCCCGAUUUAGCUUGUUCUUGAUCUUUGUCAACUUAAAAAACAAUCAAAACAAAGUUUCUUCUAUGAGUUCCGGUCUGAACGAAGAUUUCCUCGAUUGUAUCGUGCGUUUAGAGGAGACACACAUUCAACAAGGCUUCGAUGAGGGUUACGAAGAAGGUCUCGUGUCGGGUCGUGAAGACGCUCGUCAUCUGGGUUUGAAACUCGGGUUCGAAACAGGCGAGCUUAUUGGAUUCUACAAAGGUUGCUCUGUUCUUUGGAAUUCAGCUCUCCGUAUUGAUCCCACUCGCUUCUCUCCUCUGCUCCAUAAGCAUCUCAAUGAUUUCCAUGUCUUGCUCGAUAAAUUCCCGCUUUUGGACCCCGAGGGCGAGGCCAAAGACGGGAUUAAGGAUGAUCUCAGACUCAAAUUCAGCAUCAUUUGUGCAUCUCUCGGCAUUUCCAAGAAACAAUUGGAGUACAAAGGAUACCCUAAUCCUUCCUCCAAUCUCGACUUUUAGGACCUACCUCCAUAAAAACACUCUUGUAUUGUGGUCGGAGGAGAUGUUGAGAGAAAUGCUUGGUUGUUGCAAGGUUUACAUAUCUGAAGCGCGGAAUAAGACCGCCCUCGAAGCUAUUGAGAGAGCUGUAAAGGCUUUUCCACCAGUUGCAAUCGUCAACAAGUUUGAAGAUGCGGCUUAUGGUAGGGUUGGUUACACUGUUGUAUCCUCGCUUGCUAACGGGUCAUCUUCUUCCUUGAAGAAUGCGGUGUUUGCUAUGGUUAAGACUGCUCUCAACACUAUUAAUCUUGAGUUGCACUGUGGUACCCAUCCUCGGCUUGGAGUGGUCGACCACAUAUGUUUUCACCCCUUGUCUCAAACCUCUUUAGAACAAGUUUCUUCCGUUGCCAAUUCCGUAGCGAUGGAUAUCGGCUCCAUUCUUCGAGUUCCUACAUAUCUCUAUGGAGCAGCAGAAAAGGAGCAGUGCACGCUGGAUUCGAUCAGAAGGAAGCUGGGGUACUUCAAGGCGAACAGGGAGGGACAUGAAUGGGCAGGUGGAUUAGAGCUGGAGAUGGUGCCGGUGAAGCCAGAUGCAGGGCCACAAGAGGUGAGCAAAGCCAAAGGGGUUGUAGCAGUUGGGGCGUGUGGGUGGGUGAGUAACUAUAAUGUGCCUGUCAUGUCAAACGAUCUCAAGGCAGUGAGGAGAAUGGCGAGGAAGACGAGCGAGAGAGGAGGGGGCUUGGCUUCAGUGCAGACAAUGGCGCUGGUACACGGGGAAGGAGUCAUAGAGGUCGCCUGUAACUUGUUGAAUCCAAGCCAAGUGGGAGCAGAUGAAGUUCAGGGACUGAUCGAGAGGCUUGGCAGAGAGGAAGGUCUGCUUGUGGGAAAAGGCUAUUAUACGGACUAUACACCCGACCAGAUCGUUCAAAGAUAUAUGGACUUGCUCAGUAAUUCAUAAAUUUCAAAGUAAAAAUUAAAAACAGUACGAUGUUGUCAUUCUUAGAACGUAUUAUUACCGACAUCAAUCAUUUAUCUUCAUUUUGUGUUUAGA